UCCUGAUCUAAAUACAAGAUGCGAUUAGACAUGGCUCAGUCAUGGCUCAGUCAAGAUAUCAGUCCUGCAGCGUGGUAAGGAAGCACAUGUCUGCCAAGACGUUGCGUUGCGUACGCGCCAAGGCCCAGCCCGCAUACAGGGAUGCGGGAGGAGCGAAUCUCGGCCAAGCAUUGUGCAGGUGGAGUGACGUAUGGACCAAGUGCGACCCUCGGCCGCCCUGGCUCGCAAGUAGCGAUUCGCCUACAGGCUGCCAGGGCUGCCUCCAGAGGGGCGACCGGGGCCAUCAGUCGGCUGCGCCUCCAUCGCCGAUUUGUUGACUUGCAGACUACAAAUACAACCACCAGCUAGCUGCCUGUCUUGCGCAAUUUGUGACUGUGCCACGGUCAACUCUGAAUCAUAGUCACCCACCAAAUCCAAACCCAAUCUCGAGAUCCAGAUCUGAACCCAGAUCUGAACCCAGAUCGGCCGCCACACCACACCACUUACACCAGCCGACAGGCCCAUCGCAAGCAUGGCCAGCACUGCCAGCGCCGUUCUCCUCAUCAUCAUCACCCUCUUCUUCCCCCCAGUGGGCGUCCUCAUCGUCGCUGGCUGCGGAGCUGAUGUCCUGAUCAACAUCUGCCUCACUUUGCUCGGCUACAUCCCCGGCCACAUCCACGCCUUUUACAUCCUCUACGUCUACUACAGCCGCGCCGACCGCCCCAGCCCCGAGCGCGCCCCAGGCAUCUACUCCGACCGGGUGCAGACGGGCGGGCACGGCUACCCGGCGGGCGCGGGCGCGGGCGGGGGCGGAUACGGCACCAUCAACAACCCGCCACCCCCGCAGGGCGCCUAGAAGGUGUCCGCCAGCAUCUGCUCUGGCUGCCUGCGCGGCCGGAUCUACCUGCAGCCGCCGGGCGUCGACGAUGCGAGCCGCUGGGCCUGGCGCCUCGUCUGUUGGAGCAUGCAACACGAGGUCAACGGCGGUGUUGUGGUGUGUCCCUACCCACCGCGCCCGGGGGUGAUCACCGACUGGUGCUGUAGCGCUUGUCGGAGGCGGCAGGAAGGCGGGAUUGUCGUCGCGGCUCAGCAGAAUGGGCAUGCCUGAUAGGGAGGGGGCUGUUGGGUUCGGCUGGCAGGCUUACGUGGGGGUUUGUAUAACGGAUGACCAAGUCUUAGUGAAUGAUACCUUAUUUCGAGAGAACUCGCCCUGGUUGGACUCUUUGAAUGCUGGUCCUGAUACGUGCUACAUCGUGCCAUGUCGUACUGAGGCUGGCGUUGUCGAGGUGGACUGUAUAUGAGAGAAUGUCGUGACAGGUCAAUUUGGUUAUUGUGCGAUCUCCGUUCACUCACCACUUGGCAGACGCUUAACACGCUCACAAAACGCCAGGAAUCAGCGGGAUAUCACUUAGUUCUA